AUCGUCUUUAUGUCCCCUGGGAGACAAGCUAAAGUCCACCGGAUUAUGGACAGAAUUGCCCACAAACGCUGGGAGACAUGGGGCCCGAGCUGAGGACGAUCCUGCCUGACAUCAGACUGGAGGGAAACAAGACCAGGGGUCUCUCCACCCUGCAGGAAGAGGGAACUGCCCUGCCAUCGUGAGAAAGAACGCCAGCUGCAUCCUGGAAGUUCAGCUUCACUGGGCAGACCGUCCUCCUCUCUGACCCAAUAAGCAUGAACUGGACACUCCUUGACCCUGGAGCCAGAGGGGUCAAGGAGGACGGGGAGGACAGCAAGGACCUGGCAGAGUACUGCAGGAAGAUCUCAAUGGGAGAUUGCAGUCAGUGGCUUGGGGACGUCUUAGACCACAGGGAGAAAGUGCUGGAGCCCCCAGAUGCUCACUCUCUUGUCAUCAACCUCACCGUCCAGUCCCAGUCCAGACCUGGGCAGCCCUGGUAUAAAUUCCAGGGCUCAGUAGAUAAAGAGCCUUUCCUUCAGUACGACAGUGACAGCAACAAGGUCAGACCUCUGGGUCCCCUGGGAGAGAAGGUAAAGGCCACCACAUUAUGGACAGAAUUGCCACAAACGCUGAGAGACAUGGGGCCCGAGCUCAGGAUGACCGUGACUGACAUCAGACUGGAGGGAAACAAGACAAGGGGUCCCCCAACCCUGCAGGCUGAGCUGUCCUGCCAGUGUGAAGUAGGACGAUGCACUGGUGGGCCCUUGAAGUUUAACAUCAGUGAACAGACCACCCUCGUCUUUGAACCAAUGAGCAAGAACUGGAUAGUUGUUGGUCCUGGGGCCAGAGAGGUGAAGGAGGACUGGGAGAAGAAUGGACAGGUGGAGCAUUUCAGGAAGAUCUCAACGGGAGAUUGCAAUCGCUGGCUUGGGGACUUCUUAGACCACUGGGAGAAAGUGCUGGAGCCCCCAGUGCCACCAUUACCGUCCUCAGCAUCGCCUCCAACUACACAGAAAAAUACUUCAUCGAUUAUCGCUGGUGUCUUUGGCUCCAUUCUUUUCGGAGUCAUCCUCUCCCUGGGUGUUUGGAUGUGGAAAUCAGGCAGGAUGAAAGCAGCACAGUGUUGCCCUAGUACAACGUCUCAGGGACCUAGUGUGGAAACCAUGGGGUGCUUUGGAGGUGAAGAACUGAAUAUGGUGUCUGGUGGUUCCCCAGCUGAGCUAGUCGAUGUGUCUGGAGCAGACCCUGAAGGCACAAGGAUGUGCGGAGAGCCCCUGCUCCCCAAGACCUCAUGCCCCUUUGAAUUGAUACCCUGAGCAGGUCUGGCUGGUUAAUGAAAUAAAGAAGGUUGGUUUUAUCCACUGUGUCAGGUAGUGGCUGACUAGAUACUACAGCAUAGUAUUGUGAAGGCAUUAAGAUUUCCAGAACUUUCUAUUAUCCUGUCUCCUUUCUGCAUUGAUACAAUCUUUAUUUCCUCCCAAACCUUGUUUCCUCAUUUUAGA